GGAAAGAAAAGCACCGCAGUGGAGAGGAAGAGGAGCAAACCCUCUCCUCUCCUAUAUCAACCCCAACUCCGCCUCCCCUUCGCCCCUCUUCCUUUCCCCCCUCCGCCCCGCCCCAGAUUCCUCCGCCACCACCGCCACCGCCAUGGACGACCUCGAGCAGGCCAUCCUGCUCGCCUCGGAUUCCCCCGCCGCGGCCGCCGCCUCCCCGGCCGUGCGCGCCGAGGCGCUCGCCUACUGCGCGCGCGCCCGCGACGAGACCCCGCCGUCGUCGCUCCUCCACCUCUGCCUCUACGGCCUCGCCUCCUCCCCGCACGCCCACGUCCACUUCUGGUGCCUCCAGACCAUCCACGACGCGCUCCUCCUCCGCCGCCGCCUCGCCCUCCCCGACGACCUCGCCCUCCUCCGCUCCUCGCUGCUCUCCCUCGCCGUCUCCUCCAACGCCGCCUCCCCUCCCUUCCUCCGCAACAAGCUCGCCCAGCUCCUCGCCCUCCUCGUCCGCUUCGAGUACCCCCAUGUCUACCCUUCCUACUUCCUCGAUCUCAUCCCGCCCUCGCCGCCGCUGCCGGGACCCACCGACAUGUUCGCCCGCGUCCUCGUCUCCCUCGACGAUGACCUGCUCUCCCAGGACUACCCGCGCAACGCCGAGGAGGCCUCCGAUGCCGGGAGGGUCAAGGACGCCAUGCGCGCGCAGUGCGUGCCCCAGAUCGCCCGCCACUGGCACGAGGCCGCCGUGUCCCUCCGCGCCGCCGACCCCGCCGUCGCCGCAGUAGCCCUCGAUGCGGCGCGGAGGUGCAUCUCCUGGAUCGAUGUCUCCCUGGUCGCGAAUGACGUGUUUGUUCCCUUGCUCUUUGACAUUGCGCUGUCCCCGGGGAGCGUGGCUCCUCUUGCUGCCGCGGCGGUGGGGUGCCUCUCUGCUGUGGCAGCAAAGAGGAUGGACGCGAGGGCAAAGGUGGCGUUGCUGAGGUCGCUCAUGUCUGCCCAGAAGGGGUUUGGUAGCCCUGACAGCGGUUUGAAAAUGGCACAUUUGGUGACGGCAUACGCUGUCGAGGCUCUCGAGUGUUAUCGCAAGCUUGGCUCUAGUGAUGCUGAUGGAGCCGCGGCAUUGGAAAUGCUGGAAGAGGUGCUGCCAGCUGUAUUUGCGGCCGCAGAGAGCGGCGAUGAUGAUGAGGUUGAUUCGGGCUCGGUGCUUGAGUUUUUAUCUGGGUAUGUGAGUACGAUGAAGGCACCGACAGAGAAGCAACUUGGACACUUGGGACAGAUACUGGAGGUGGUGCGGAUGCAGAUGUCAUAUGAUCCAGUUUAUAGGGGUCAUCUUGAUGUCCUUGACAAGAUAGGGAAGGAGGAGGAAGACCUGAUGGCAGAGCAGCGGAAGGAUUUAAUUGCACUAUUUCGGAGCAUUUGUCGUGUGGCACCAGGUGCCACUCAGCUGUUCAUAAGAGGGUUGCUUGUGACGGCCCUUUCAUCUGCAGAAGUUAGUGUUGAGGAUGUUGAGGUCGCGCUUACUCUGUUUUACCGGCUUGGGGAAAUAGUGGGUGAGGAAGAGAUCCGGACUGGAGCUGGGUUAAUUAGGGAGCUUGUCCCAAUGCUCCUUUCAGCGAGAUUCUCAUGCCACACACACCGCCUAGUUGCAUUAGUGUACCUAGACACAAUUAGCCGCUAUAUCAAGUUCAUGCAGGAGAAUGACCAAUAUGUGCCACAUCUGCUUACUGUGUUCUUGGAUGAGCGUGGCAUACACCAUCAGAAUGCCCACGUGAGCUGCCAUGCAGGAUACUUGCUCAUGAGAGCUAUCAGGCUGUUGAAGGCUAAGCUAGUGCCUUACUUGGAUACCAUUUUGCAGAGCUUGCAAGAUGCCCUAGUGCAAUUCACUGCUACGGACUGGGCAAACAAAGAUAUUAAGUUCUCCAGCUCAGAGGAUGGCAGCCAAAUAUUCGAGGCUGUGGGACUGUUGAUCGGCAUUGAAGAGGUGUCACCAGAUAAGCAGGUUCAGUGCUUGACAGCUUUACUUAAUCCUCUCUGUCAACAGAUCGAGUCACUUGUUAUGGAUGCCAAAGCACAAGGACUUGAAGAAUCAUCUCCAAGAGCUAUAGGUCUUCAACAGAUUAUUGUUGCAUUGACUAUGAUCAGCAAGGGAUUUAAUGAACGGCUUGUGAUGGGAAGCAGGCCGACACUUGGCGUUAUGUUCAAGAAGACCCUUGAUGUAGUUUUGCAAGUCCUCAUCUCAUUUCCUAAUGUGAAGCCCCUGCGAUCUAAGAUCAUAUCAUUUCUCCACCGUAUGGUUGAGAUAUUAGGCAUUUCGGUGCUUCCAUGUAUUCCAAUUGCACUGCGACAGUUGCUCGUUGAUAAUGAGGCAAAAGAUAUGUCGGAAUUUCUGUACUUAAUAAACCAAAUAAUAUGCAAGUUUAAAUCUUCAGCAAAUGCCUUAUUGGAGGAUGUGUUUCCUGCCAUCGCAAGUCAUUUAUCUGUGAUACUAUCACACGAUGCCUUUUCAAAUGGUUUUGCAAGCAAUACUGAGGAAAUGCGUGAGCUGCAAGAGCUGGAAAAGAGAUUUUACGCAUUCUUGCUUCAUAUAGCAACACAUGAUCUGUCUACAGUUCUCCUAACUCCUAGUUGUAGGCAUUAUCUAGAGAACAUAAUGCAGUUGCUUUUGAUUACUUCAUGCAGCCAUAAAGAGAUAUCACAUCGGAAGACAUGCGUACAGACUUUUGUCAACCUUAUCAAAGACUGGUGUAGUAGCUCUGAAAUUGAAGAUAAGCUUCCUGGCUUCCGAGUGUUUAUGAUUGAGAAGUUCGCUACUGGUUGCUGUUUGCAGAGUGUCCUUGACAAGUCAUUUAACUUCCGUGAUGGAAUUUCGAUUGCCCUGUUUGGUGAAAUCAUGAUGGCUCAAAAGGUUAUGUAUGAAAGAUUUGGCGAGAACUUUGUUGUAAAUUUUGUAACAAAACUUCGAGAAGCACACUGCCCACCAGACCUUGCUGAACAGUACUACCAAAAGUUACAGGGAAAUGAUAUCAAGGCAUUCAAGUCAUUUUAUGAAUCACUUGUCAUGAAAAUAAGACAACAGCAGAAUGGGAGUCUUGUCUUCAGAUAGCGUCAUUCAAUUAUUUUAAAUCUGUUUGCCAGUGAAAGAUUCCUCAGUUCUACAAUUUGAAUAUAGGGUAGUUGUAUCAUCUAUGUACAUAAAGCUCUACCAUUUCUGAGAUCAGAAGAUGUAUACUGCGGGAAUAUUUUUACCGAGCCUGGCUACCGUGGCAAAGUUCCUUGAUCAAGGCAUGUUAGUGAGAUGCAGGGGAUACAUCCCCAGAGUUUCUGCUGUGAGCAUACAGGGUUUCAUUAUGUUUGUUUUGAUAUUUCUCUGGAAGUGAUCAUUGUUCUGCUCCGAGCUUGAAAUUUUUUGUAAGGCGAUUCGGGUGAAGCUAAACAGAUGGGAUAGGCAAAAGAGUGAUGUGUGGGCCGUGUUUUUCCUGACAGAAACUGUCACACCGCCUGUUGUCGUGUUACCAAAUUUUGGCAGUGGUUUUUCACCCCUUUGUUAGCUGGGGUGCUGUACAGAUUCUUUAAUAUAGUUGCGUCGUUCGCAUUAAUAAGUUUCCGUGGUCACCUUCUCGUUACCCUGAUUAUCCAGUGACAGAAGAGGCAUGCUAUGCUGACUGCAAUGUAAGAGUUCAACUUUGAUCUCUUCUCCUUUUGAGGUAGUGGAAAUUUUCUUUUUACCCAUA